AUGGCAUACGGCAUACGCACAACUAACCUGUUGAAAGCGCCCAGUAAUCUGAUACCGCUGUUUCUCUGUCCCUCAAUCGCAUCAUGUACCAACAUCAGCUAUGGUCUUGGAAGACGGCCUCCGAGACCUCGCAAGCACCAGCUCCAUGUUGAUGCUACCACAACACCCUCACACGGCUUUCCAACUCCUUCACAACUGUUAAAUCUUCCACGAUCAUGCCCAGGUUGCGGUGCGUUUACACAGACCGUCAGCCCGGGGCAGCCUGGCUUCUAUGGCAACAAUCGAAAGUCCGUGAAGGCUUUCAUAAGUCGCCAUGGGCAAUGCCCGGAUAAGGGACAUGAUGGGGAAUUAAGACUGUUCGAACGCAUCUUAGGAGCUGCAGACGCAUCUUUGUUGUCUCAGAUGGGCCUACAGGGAGGAGGGGAAAACAAUACAGAGGGCCGCAAAAGCUCCACAAACAUACCCACACCAGUUUGUAACCGCUGUCAUGACCUGAUACAUCAUCGUACCGGCCACUCCGUAGUCCAUCCAACAAUCAGAUCUAUUCAAGAAAUCAUUGCCGAAUCGCCGCAUAAAUACAACCACGUCUAUCAUGUUCUGGACGCAGCUGAUUUUCCACUUUCUCUCAUACCUUCUCUUCAACGAAGUCUUUCGCUAGCACCGCAAAGAUCAUUGAAUAGGAGAGCUAGAACGAGUCACUAUCAAUAUGGGCGGAAAGCGGAGAUGAGUUUCAUCAUUACACGUUCGGAUCUGUUGGCCCCGAAGAAGGAGCAGGUCGACAGCCUGAUGCCUUACAUCUUACAAGUCCUUCGAAAUGCUUUGGGUGGAUCCGCUGAAAACUUGCGCCUCGGUAACGUGCGCUGUGUAAGUUCAAAAAGGGGUUGGUGGACGAAACAGGUCAAGGAAGAUAUCUGGAAUCGAGGUGGAGGUGGGUGGAUGGUCGGCAAGGUGAACGUCGGCAAAAGCAAUCUGUUCGAGAACAUCUUUCCGAAAGGUCGGAGCAAUGACCUUAAUUCCGGCUCCUUCCGGUAUGCUGCGCAGCAGAAACUGCCUCGUGACGUACCUGAUGCCAACGGAGACGAACAACAGAGGAGCCAAUCAACCCAGGACCCGCCCAAGGAAACGGAAUCACAGCUCUUAGAAGACUCUUCCUUGCCUCCUGCGCCACCAGAAACUCCGUACCCUGUGUUGCCUUUAGUAUCGUCUCUCCCUGGGACGACAGCGUCUCCAAUCAGAGUACCAUUUGGCGGCGGCAGAGGCGAGUUGAUCGAUUUACCUGGUCUGGCGCGUGGGGACCUUGAACAAUUCGUUACGGAUGUUCACAAGGUUGAUCUUGUAAUGCAUGAUCGGGUCAAGCCAGAGCAACUCGUGAUCAAGCCUGGCCAGUCACUCCUCGUUGGGGGCCUGUUGCGUAUCACGCCGACUACGCCUAAUUUGAUCUUUUUGGCCUACCCGUUUCUACCAUUGAGGUGCCAUGUUACCUCUACAGAACGGGCAAUUGCAAUUCAUACUCAGCGCGAAGAUUCCGGUGUAUCUACAAUUGCGAAACCGGGCAUUGGAAGCAGGAUGCAAUCAGCCGGGAGUUUCUCCUUGGAAUGGGACGUCACCAAGCAGCGCGCUGGACCAUUGACCAAGGCUGCCGCUGCCGGAUUGAGCACGAAAACAUUGCCAUUCAUGGUGUUUUCGGCUGACAUCCUGGUUGAAGGAUGCGGCUGGGUCGAACUUGUUGCUCAGGUUCGGAAAAGGGACAUGGAAACGGGGAUGGAGCCUGGUGACCUUUUCGACACCAGACCAUAUCCAAGGGUUGAGGUUUCUAGCCCUGAUGGCGGCCAUGUAGGAGUUCGCCAGCCUAUGAAUAUUUGGUCGCUCUGUGGUGAGAAGCCUGUGUCGUCGAGCAAAGGGCUCGUGAGGCCAAGACGUAGCAUGAAAGGGGUCAAGAAAAACUUGAAGAAAGCCAGGAGGGCAGUAUCGUCAUCCUAA